AAAAGUAUGUAUAUGUAUAUAUAUAUAUUUAUAUGUGUAUAUGUAUAUAUAAAUUUAUUGAUCCAACAACUGGGACGUUCGGGUGUUACCUCAGCAAGUUAUCAUGCUCACAACUUACAAAUACUAAAAACAUAAGAAAAAAUAUAUAUAAAACCCACAAAACUAUACAAAUAUAAGGAAUAAAAAUAUUAAACGGCGUUUAAUAGGUGCUGCAGCAAAAAAUCUGUCAAUAAUGAAAUUACAGAUUAAUUAACACUUUGGAACAAACGUGUAAAGUAGAGACUUCUCAUCUCCCCGGGUCGAGUGCAGGUGGUUUUGGGUCGAAGACGUCGUCGUGACUUUGAGCUCACUACUGUGUCCGUGGAUGAGUUCCUCUUAUCUUUGAGAUUCAUGAGCAAUAACAUGAAUCAGGAACUGGACACUCGCUGCCACGAUAUGUCAACAAGGUCAAACUGGGUUUGAACAGAGGAACGACACAUUCCUCCUUUUGUUUCAUCCAUCGGGCCGAGAGGCGAACACAGAGUCUGAGGCUCGACCUUCUCUGUCGCCUCUGUGUGAACAUGCAGCAGACAAACAGACCGGGCUGCAGUCGUCUCUCUGCAGCUCCGGGAAUACUUUGCUCCUCCGACACCGUCACGGUGUCACCGCAGCAGCAGGUCGAGAGAGAAGCGCAGCCUCUUUCAUCACCGGUGGCAGAUUCAGGCCUGAACGCUGCACCUGCAGCAACGGCAAGAAGUGUUUCUUCUCUGAAUGUCAAAGUCAGACGCGCCACUUGGGUGCAACACACAGUUAAAUGACUUUACUUUAAAAUAGGGCCGCAGCUAACAAUUGUUUUUUCAUUAUGGAUUAAUCUGCCGGUUAUUUUCUGGAACAAUCGAUUCGUUGUUUGGUUCAUAAAAUGAUGAAAAAUGUCGAUCGUGUUUCCUCAAAACCUCAAGAUGAUGUUUUGUUUUGUCCACACACCAAAGAUGUUCAGUUCACUGUCACAGAGCAAAGAAACCAGAACACAUUCAUAUUUAAGAAGCUGAAAUCAGAGAAUUUUGACUUUAAAAUAGACAAAAAACUGUAGAAACAUGUUAAAAAGCUUAAUGUUUAUGGAUCAUUUUCAUGUUAAUAUCUGUUUCCGCAGGGGCCUUCUCCCGAUUUGGCCAAUGAAACCGUCGCGUUGCGUCACGGGAACUGUCACAUCCAACAAUUAUUGAAUCUUUCCUGUGCCGGGGUCCUCACGUCUCGGAGUCACGGGAGGAGGAGGAGGUCACGGUCCAUUGGCGAGUCACGAGAGGAGGAAACAACCUGGAGACGACCAUGAGCCUCUUCAGCCUCCGGAGGAUGCCCUCCCGCUGCAGGAAUGUGCUGAACAUCGCGGUGACCACCCUCUUCGCUGCGGUGGUCCUCUUCACCAUCCUGCUGGCCUACGUCACAGGCUACCAGUUCAUCCACACUGAGCAGCACCACCUGUCCUUCGGCCUCUACGGUGCCUUCCUCUCGCUGCACCUCUUCCUCCAGAGCCUCUUCGCCUUCCUGGAGCAUCGGCGGAUGAGGAGCCCCGCCCGGCCGCAGCACCUCCGCCGCUCCGUGGCCCUCUGCAUCGCCGCCUACCAGGAGGACCCGGACUACCUGCGCAAGUGCCUGCGCAGCGUCCGGCGGAUCUCCUUCCCCGGCCUGAAGGUGGUGCUGGUGGUGGACGGCAACCGGCCGGAGGACCGCUACAUGAUGGACAUCUUCCAGGAGGUGAUGGGCGGCGCAGACCAGGCCGGCAGUCUGGUGUGGAAGGGGAACUACCACAGCGACGGGAGCGGGGGGGGAGGAGGCGGAGUCGGGGGAGGAGGCGGAGUCGGAGGAGGAGUCGGAGGACGCGGCAGGAGCACGGUGCACAUGGAGGAGGCGGCGCGAGUCGCCCGGCUGGUCAGAGGCUGUCGCUUCUCCUGCGUCAUGCAGGAGUGGGGCGGGAAGCGAGAGGUGAUGUACACGGCCUUCAAGGCGCUGGGGGACAGCGUGGAUUAUGUGCAGGUGUGUGACUCAGACACAGUCCUGGACCCGGCAUGUACCAUAGAAAUGCUGAAGAUCCUUGAGGAAGACGCGAGGGUGGGAGGAGUCGGUGGAGACGUGCAGAUCCUCAACAAGUACGACUCGUGGAUCUCCUUCCUCAGCAGCGUGCGCUACUGGAUGGCCUUCAACAUCGAGCGCGCCUGCCAGUCCUACUUCGGAUGUGUCCAGUGCAUCAGCGGGCCCCUGGGCAUGUACCGGAACUCCCUGCUCCAGCGCUUCCUGGAGCCCUGGUACCACCAGACCUUCCUCGGCUCCAAGUGCAGCUUCGGCGACGACCGCCACCUCACCAACCGGGUGCUCAGCUUCGGCUACAAGACCAAGUUCACGGCGCGGUCGCAGUGUCAGACCGAGACGCCGACGCAGUACCUGCGCUGGCUCAACCAGCAGACUCGAUGGAGCAAGUCCUACUUCCGCGAGUGGCUGUACAACGCCCUGUGGUUCCACAAGCACAGCCUCUGGAUGACCUACGAGUCCGUGGUCACCGGCUUCUUCCCCUUCUUCCUGGUCGCCACCGUCAUCCACCUCUUCUACCGCGGGAGGCUGUGGAACAUCCUGCUCUUCCUGCUGACGGUGCAGCUGGUCGGGAUGGUGAAGGCCACCUACGCCUGUUUCCUGCGCGGCAGCCUGGUCAUGAUCUUCAUGUCGCUCUACUCGCUGGUCUACAUGUCCAGCCUGCUCCCUUCCAAAAUAUUCGCCCUGCUCACCAUCAACAAGGCGGGAUGGGGCACGUCGGGCCGCAGGAAGAUCGUGAUCAACCUCAUCGGCGCCGUGCCCGUCACAGUGUGGGCGCUGGUGCUGCUCGGAGGCGUGGCCUACACGGUCUACUGCGAGACACAGGAGCCGUUCAGCGAGACAGAGAAAGCCUUGUUGAUAACGGGGACAAUACUCUACGCCUGCUACUGGGUCAUUCUGCUGGUGCUCUACCUCGCGAUCGUCGCCAAGCGGUGUAACAAGCGGGAGGAGCAGUAUCACCUGCCGUACGCGGAGGCAUAAACCCACUGCCAGAGAGAGACUGGUGGGGACGUUCGCGCCCACAUUUCACCGCAGUACGAUUCCAGUCAGGUCUCCGUUGACCCGCGCGCGCCGCUGGAGCCACGAGCUUCGUGGAGUGGGAACAGUCACGUCGCCGUCACUGGUGCUAAAGAAGAUGUGAAUCUGAAGUCCGAGCCGCAGGAAUCUCUUCGAUUUGUGGGAGUUGACGGGACGCACACACUCCCGCUCACAUCCUCCUCAAUGGUGCUUCACAUUGACAAACCAAACCCCAACGGGACGGACCCAGGUUUUUAAAAGUGUUCAUACAAUUGUAACGUUGACGUGCUCAGAAGAACAUUAGGUAGUUUAUCGGUGCAGGUUGUAAGCUGGUCAACCCGACAGGCGGGAGCGGUGCGGCGCUUCUGAUGAAUAUUAAGCAGGAGAAGGGACAAAGUACAAGAUACAACGGUCAUAGUAAGAGGUCGGUUGAUUUUUAAUGUUCUUCGUUCUUAUUAAAAAAAGAGAUCAAAUGUGACGGGACUGAGACUUCUGGAAUUCUAGAAGUGUUCAGUCUAAAGAUCCUGACAAGGCAACCAGUAAAUUAGGAGAUGUUAUUUUCUGAGGCAAAAACAUGGCGGCUCAAGUUGUGUCUGUUCACAUCUCGAAAAUUAUGCUUCAGCAGAUAGAGAGUAUUUUUUGUGAGCCAAAGCUAAAGGAUACGUCCUCGUACAGUUUAGUCGUGGAGGGAAGUUAUAUUCCUACACAGACAGUAGGAAUGAUAACAACCAUAAAUCUCUUUUAACCAUAGACUGUAUAUAAAGAUGGCCGACGCGUCUCCACCUUCUGUAGCCAAAAUAUCCUGAAUCUGUGCUGGUGACGUCGUUUGGGACCAGAGUCUGUCCAAUGUACGAGCUCGACCAAUCGUGAGUCGGCGUCAGCUGUCAAUCGUGAUGUCUUUAGCCCUCAUCACAUAACUAAUGAAUACCAAACUGAUAAGAAACACGAACACUUGAACAAACAUCCGUGUGAUAAGAACGACCUAAAACGACAGAAACCAUCUUUUGGAAAAAUGUAUUUCACAUGUUUUUUGAUUUGUUUUUGUCCAUGUCCCAUCUGCUAACAUGGAUGGGGGCGGGGUUUAGCGAGCCAGCCACCAGGGGGCCACCGGUGGCUUCACCUUUGGGAGAUGUCACGUCGUCCAUCUUUAUUUACAGUCUAUGCUUUUGUCAUACAUAUAGGUGUGUAAUGUAUGAAGAUGGACUUCAAAUCGAUCCUUUAAAUGUACAUGUCUCCGACAGCGGUCACUGCUGAGAAGUUCCAAUCUACGCACCUGGAGUUUUCUCUUGUCUCCCACUUCCUGGAUGUGGCGGCGGUGACGACCCGCCCCCGUGUAAUACUCCCGUCUCUCAGCCGUGAAACAGCACAAUCAUCUGCUCCAGCUGUGAUUUACCAGACAAUCAAAGUCGUUUCCAAACACGUGACAUGAAGCAGCUGUAUUUUUUGGUGCUGUUGAACAGUGUCAAAUAGUGUAACUUAUUGUCGUCAUUUCACAGUUCACCACCGGGGGCGUAGUUUCAUUCAGCGAGUCAGAGAUUUAAAAAAAAAAACCUGUAUAUGUCCGUUUUUACAUAUUGUAAAGUUGCCAAACUACGUUUUACUACUGGGCUUGUAGAAGACUGAAAACCAAAGAGGAUUUCUUUGAAACGAGAGCGUUUUUAGUUUUUCUAUCGAUUGACAUUUCCUAAAUAUUUGUGCGAUUUCAUUUCUCUUCAUAUUGUUUUUAUGUUUGAGCGCGCUGUACGAGUUUGAACACUUGAAAUCUUGGAAAAGGACACGUGCUGUACUGUACAUUAAAGUGCUGCCUCCGCCUCUCCGGGGGUCGAGCGGCGACGUGAUGAUGAGA